GACGGUGGUCAACGCGACCGCUUCACCCCGACACGAAUCACGGCCUAAAACGACCACUUGGCAGAACAAAACCACACGCACGCAGAGGGAUCUUGAGCAGUGCUCUGAGUUGUUGGCCGCUCGGCGUUUUGGGCCUCUCCACUCAGCAGCUGCGACCCAAAUCGACGUGGAUCGGGGGCUCAGGGGACGCGUGGCGAGGGUGGAACGAGAGGCCUCGAGAGUGAAGAAGAAGCGAGGGGGAGAGCGAGGCGAGCUUGGGGUGAGACUCUGAGCGGCAGAAGGCGAAGAAGACGUGGAGUGGGGAACACGCGCAGGUCCUCCAGUUGGUGGUGGAAGGUGUGCAAGAUGAUCUGCAACAGGAGGUGAUGAGAUUCUGGGACACCGCAAGAUACUGGAGCAUCACAGGACACACCUGUACAUUACAGCAGGUGUCGGGGUGUUGUGGAAGUUGCUCCUGUGUGGGAUUGAAAUGGCUGAGGAGCCCGAAUUGUGCUAUCUGCGAGCGCUAGCCAGCGAGCUGAACCUGCAACGCAAGAACGGCACGCACUGCGAUUGCCAUGUCGUUGUUCAAGGCAGUACCUUCAAGGCCCACCGCAACGUGCUGUUUGCGGCGAGUCCGCACGUCCGUGCGCUCCUGCGGGGCCAGGCAGAGCGCCCUGGCCAGGUCGUGGUCAUCCACCUGGACAUCGUGACGGCUGCUGGGUUCGCUGCCAUCCUUGACUACAUGUACUCGGGGCGUGUCAUACUCUCCUCGCGCAACAUGAUCGAGGUGAUGUCGGCCGCCAGCUACCUGCAGAUGACCGAGCUAGUGCGCCUGUGCGACCACUACAUCCGCACCUCCUUCAAGGACGGCAGUGUGCCGACGGAGCAGUCCCUUGGACUGUCGGUCGUUGCCCCGGUGUUGCCAAAUGCCGAGCUGCCCGAGGGGGUCAGUGCCGAUGGCGGGGCUGGCGCCGAGGGCGACGCUGAAGCCGUGGGGCCCGAGCCGGUGCCCGUCCCGCCCGUGCGCAAGGGCAGGGGGCGACCACGCAAGUCACGGCACAGCGUGCGAGUCACCAAGCAUACGCCCGCCCACUCCUCCGACAACGACGAGAGCGAGCACGCAGUGGCAUACGAUCCCAACCGCGUGAAGAUGGAACCUCAGGAUAGGGACGGGCUGCUGGACAGCGAACAGGACAGGAUCAUCGACGCAUCUGGCAACACGAUCGAUUUCUACCCUGGGGCUGAGUUUGGUAGUCCCGUUGGCGGCUAUGACGAUGGACCUUCCUCGGGCUACCACGACUCGGGGGCCGGCUACGGGGGCUGCACGCCGGGCUACGACGACGCGACACCGGGCUACGGCGACGCCGCGCAGGACUACGGCGAGGAAGCCGCCCCGGACUACGACGACCCCACGGUGGACUACGACGGCUCGGCGCCGGACUACGACGACGGAGCGGCACCCCCGGACUACGACGACGGAGCCCCCCCGCUCCACGGCUACGGCGACGUGGACGGCAUGGACGUCUCGGGCAUGGCGGUGCCGCUCGACGGAGGAGUCGGAGACGAGGAGGAGGAGGACGGGGGAGAGGACGGUGAGGAGGGAGACGGCGCCGGGGCCCACGCCGGACACGCCGGUGGCAGCCCCGGCUGCUUCACCUACACCAUCCUGACGGAGAACCUAACCGCCGCCGGAGAGGGGGGCGGCACCGGCAGGAUGUUCGGCAAGCGGCGGCUGCUGCAAUGCAACUACUGCAACUUCGCCGCAAUGCGCAAGUACAAGCUCGUGCGGCACAUCCGCACGCACACCGGCGAGCGUCCCUUCGGCUGCGACGCUUGCGGCAAGCGCUUCAUCCGCAGGGAGCAUCUCCAGCGGCACACGCAGGUACACGCAGGUACACGCACGCACACCGGCGAGCGGCCCUUCGGUUGCGAGGCUUGCGGGAAACGGUUCAUCCGCAGAGAGCACCUGCAGCGGCAUACGCAGGUUCACCAGAAGGAGCGCCGGUUCGUGUGCCGCCGCUGCCGCCGCCUCUUCGUCUUCGCCAACUCGGUGGGCAUCGAGUUUGGCACGCGGCGGUACGGCGUGUGCGAGGAGUGCUCCGUGCUCGGCCUGCGCGACCCCCCCCUGAAGAAGGAGGGGGGCGGGCGGGGGGGCGGCCGUGGCAGGGGGGGAGGGCGUGGAAGCAGGGGGGGCAGCCGCCUCGGCGCGGGGGGCAGCUCUGCGGCGGAGAAGCGGGCGGCGAUGGCGGCGGCGGUGGAGGCGGUGGUUUCGGGGAGAGGAGGAGGAGGAAGAGGGGGGGGAGCCGGAGAAGAAGGGGAAGGAGAUGGAGACGGAGACAUGGCGGCUGUGCCGGACGGAGGAGCCAGCCUGGAACGCGUUGUUUUCAAAAUGGAACCAGAUGCAGGUUCGGAGGAGGACUGGAGCCAGAGGGGGGGGGGCGACCCCCCGCUCAGCUGCGACAAACCGGCAGGGGCCUUCUGAUAGCAGCCUCUUCCCCCCCCCUCCCUCAUUCCCACCCCCUGCCACCUCCCCGAAUGUGCCCCCCCCCACCCCACCUCUUCAUUCCUUUCUCAAUUAUUUUGAAUUAUUCUCCUUUCUUUUUCGGAGCCGUGUGGGAGGACACGUGGAUUUGAGAGAGCUGGUCACACCCAGAGUCGCACGGAUUUGGUGACACCAGCAUAAUCGGCCGGAUCCUGCUGCCUCACUGCAGCGUCAACGGAAAACCCGUCGGCUCGUGUGGUCAACCCUGACACAUUCCAGGAGCACACGAUGAGAAGCCACCUUUGCCUCCUCCCACUCAACCCUCUAGACACCGCCGCCACCUCCCGCAAUUAGGCGCCGAUUGUGCGUGGCGACGCAACGUGCUUGUUCGCUGGGGACUCUGGCUGCCACCUGCAGGAAUUGGCAUCUGUGUUUAGGCAGCAGGAAUUUGAUUCGUUUAUUGGGUAUUGUGUUGAACUUUAUAGCAUUGUACUGCUGAGUUUUGAUAGACUUCGGCUGACUGAAUAGUAUGCCCAGGAUUUAGUCAACAGUGGAAAAGGUGGCAACCCCGGUUGGGAUGAAAUCCUUGUUUCAUGUGUUGUACGCGCAGAGAAGGGUUUACCGGUCGUAAGUUUUUAUACGAAAAUUUUUUGUCCACAUUUUUUUUGUUGUGCUGAUAAUUUUAAUUAAAAAAUAAUCUGUGCUAGGAAAGAGUGGGGUCACCCAGUUAUUCUGGCAUGCAGCAGAACGAACUGGUGUUUGGUUGCUCAGGGGAAAAACUUUAUCAAUUUUACCAAUGUCUCAUCCAAUACUUGACAGCAAAACAUCCCCAGGAGCUCGCUGGUUUUGAGGCAACACUUUCACGACCAUUAUUUUGCUUAUGCUGAUAUCGUACACACCCAGGAUUUACGAGCCUACGCCUACCACCAGGGUCAUCCCUAGAGUCUCGUCGAUUAAAUUAGCCUUGUUAAUUAACUGUGGCAUGAAACCACGUUCCAGGAGGCUAUGAAGGUAUUUUGGCAGUGAAAAGAAAUGUCACCAAAAAUCUUACCGCCCAUUCAUUCCUUGUGUGUCUCGGGUUUGAGUUCCUGGUGAAGUGAUUUCAAUUGUACGCAAUGGAUGGUGGAGGCUGACGGACACCUUUUUUAAGAGAUUGUACUGGACAGGAACACCUCGCUUUGCGUUCAAGAUGCGUUGUUACCGGAGAAGUGAGCGCUAAACGAAUUAGCGCUGAAGGCGGGGGUGGAGGGGGGGGAUCAUUCUAACCAUUGUACAUAUGGGGAUGCGUUCCGGACAGAAUUUUUUCUUUCGUACGAGCAAUAUCAUGGGGAGCUUAAUUGGGGUGUCGGUAAUAGCGCUGAUAGUAACGCGGAUGGGAAACAUUAUUUCAUACAUAAAAGAAUAUAAUUUAUUAUAUCAGUAAGUAUUAUGUACUGUACUCACGAGUGCAUUCUACUGUACUCCCUACAAGGCAGCGGUGGGAGUUGAGGACCUCUGUGAUUGGAGUGAUAGCCUCAAGUCUAAAUUCCUGUGGUGAGGUUUCGUUUAGGUAGAGCUCUGAGGGACUCUGGUCUCGCAGAUUCUCACCUGGCGAUCUGAAAAAAAAAAGUCGAAAUCGAAAAAAAAUAUCUUUUUUUUUUCAAAAUUUCGUUCUGGCUACCAAUUAUGAUCAUCCAAUUGUGGGGGGGAGGUGGGGUCUGGUCGGCUCAGAGGCAUGCAUCGCUCUUAUUGGCUGAGCAAACAUUGGGGGGCGGGGGCGGGUCGUUUUUCGAGCCAAUGCUGCUAAACGUGGGUUGUCACUCGCAAGGGGCUGCUUUUAGAUUAUUUUAUUUCACUUUAUCUUUGCUUUCUCCAGGACAGAGGGUUCUGUCAUCACGAAUCGACGUUCUCACGAGGUGGUGCUAAGCGAGGUCUGCCUGUGUUACAACUAAUGACCUGAACAUUUUUAGCUGUUAACACUGCCCCCCCUUAAACUGAAUUUUACGUACGAUAAGUGACAACGUCUUCAAACUCCUACUCAAGUAAGCAUUGAGGCUUGGUUAACCUCAUCCAGUGGUGGAAAUUUCAAGCUCCUUUGGAACAAUCUCUGCAUAGGACUACCAAAGAUAACACAAAGUGUGAGGAAAUGCCCUUGAACUUGAGGAGUAAUUGUCGCAAUGUUGGAAUAUUACCAAAUGUCCUUCUUACUGAUGCACCAGAUUCAAUGCAGGAUCAUUUGUCUAUUUAAAUAGUGGUGAAUGUAGUGCCCUCUCGUGGCUGGAGGAGAACAUCUAUCACAUGUGAAUGUUUAAAUUGAGAAAAAAAAACCCCAUUGAUUUCAAAAUCAUUUCGAAUCAAUGCAUAAUCCAAAAAAUGACAGUGGUAUUCUCACACAUGGUUGUCGGAAGCGGUAUAUAUCUCGAGCAAGCCCGUCCUCAAUUCUCUUGACAUUGAGAAAUUAUAUCAGAAGGUCACCCCGCAACAUUACUAAUUGGCUGGUGGUGUAAUGCACAUUUCAUACAUUCAGUUUUUUACGUUCCAUCUGCAACGAUUGAACACAUUUUCUGAGUCGGUAGAAAAAGAUGACCUUGCAUGCAGGCAAUUGACACUUGUGAGGUGUGGCCACGUAUUUGGAUCGGUACUGACCGUCUCCUUCUUUCAAAAUGUUACUUCCUAUCCAUUGCCUAAAACCCAAGCAGGCUCCUGGAACUGAAGGUGAUUUGACCUCGGCUUGUUAAAAGUGUAUUUUUUUUGCAGCAUCAUUAUUCUCGUGAAAUAACCGGGUUACCAGUUUUCUGCACAUGUAGAGAUGGGCAGCAACAAAGCAUAACAAUUGUUUCCUUUUUAACUGAGAAUUGAAGGGAACUGCCAUGAAAAUAGUUGGCACACUGGACUUGCAAACCAUAGGUCUCUGGUUCACCUCCUGGUGGUGCGGCAGUUGAAACAUUCGGUAAGUUUCUUAACCCUCCCUGUGUCACCCCCCCCCCCCCCUUCGUCUCUGUACACCUGCCAGUAUAAAUGGGCACAUCAGUCAAUCGGCAGAUCGCGUGCGGGCUGAACGGAGCGUGGGCACACUCACAAUCACCAUCUGGAGCUCCCUCUAGUUGGAGGCCCUUCCACACCAGCAGCAGUGGGCGUGAGCCGGUGAGAAAUUUCUGGGCUGCACCAUUUGAAUUUGAGAAAGGCCGAGGGCAAAUGUAGAGCGUGAGCGUACGCGGUGACUUUGGUCGCCUUGCCCGUUCGUACGUUCGUGCCCGCUGAUUGGUGCACUUCUAAAAUUCCACUGGGAUCGAAUCGACUUUUUUUUAAAUCGUUAAUUGCCGGGGUUUUUUUCUCUCUCAAAAACUCGAUAAUACUUCUCGCAGACUCUUAAGAAAGUAAGUGGGCUUAGGCAGGACACUUCACCGCUAGCAGCGACAACGGCUGGAUAAUGAAGGAAAUUCAUUUGUGAGUGCGUCCGACCAAGGAGAUGGAGCGAUUAAAUCAGAUCAUCGUGACCAGAUGGUGGCAUCUUGGGGAGACCACCAAGCAGUGGAUUGAUCACGGCUGAUGAUAAUGCCAAUAUACAAAUGCUUGUAGCAAUAAUUAUUGAUAUCUCCAGUUGGAUGAAAGGCUUGUAAAUUGCUGCGGUAGUGUUAGAAAAUGUUAAAGGGUACCACAUUUGUGAAAGUUUUGUUUUUGUCAAAUGUUUUUCUUUUAAAUGAUUGCUGAGCACAGACCCCGAGCCCCAAAACGUGCAGCGGCCAGUAACAGACAGACGAGAGUUAACGCGUUUCUUGAAUUGAGCAAAAGGUUAUUUCUUUGAAUUGAGAAAAUAAAGGCAGGGAAUUCCUAUGUUGAUCAGUCCUGAGUGAGGAAGUAGAAAAGUGGGUGUGACUUUAAUGCGGUGAGUUUUGAGUGAGUGAGCUGCUGGAUGGAUGUGUGGGUGAGUGGGCUGGUGAAUGAGUGUCGUCACCUGCAGUACGGUAGUUGAACACUGUGAAUGAGACGAACGUUUGGUGGGAGUCCUCAGCGUGGGUGGGAGUUCGCAGUAAGCAUAACAAACAUGGGAUUGGUAGAAGCAGAAGAGUGAUACGGAGGCGACUGGACCACCAUCGAUUGAGCGAGUGAUUGGAGUGAGUUCUGGAUCCUCGGUCAACUCCCCCCUCCACCGACUGCUUUGCCUUGAAGUAUGUUGAGGCACAAUUAAGUUUUCUACAUUGUAAGCGAUGAUCACAUUUUCUUACUUUUAUUUUCCCGUCGAUUGUUUUGAUGUUGCAUAUGCAGUGAAAUUGCCAGCCAAGGGUGGAAGAAGGAUAAUGCGAAACCGUUUGGGCUUAUUUAGAUAGUUGGUGAAUGGCUUUUCUUCAAAUUAAUACCAUUAAAAUACAUUCUAAUAUUUCGAACUUCUUAAUAAUCAAUAUUUGUUGGCGUUACCGCAAAUUAUAGCCAAUGACCAACAUAGAUCCUACAGAUGAAGAAGCGGACGAUACCUCCUCCACGUCGUUGUCCCCUCCUAACAACUAAUAAAAGUAUUGCACACCACGGGGGCUACAUCUCGGUAGCAUUGGUUCAACAAAAGCAAACUGGAUCGCUUUCGACUUUUCAGUGUAGCCUGGAUGAAGAUCUCAACACGGAGCAUGUAAUCCACGACUCGUGCGUGAUCAUUCUGAAUGAACUAUUCAUCUCGAGUCCAGUUAAUAUCAGCAGGCCACUGCCAUGUUUUGUCGGUCAUUAAUGCUGUGUCCAGAGCCAAUCAACUCGUUUGGUCCCUGGGUGCAUUGUUCAGUAUGCACCUCUAUCCAUAAUGCUAUAGUCAAGUCAAAAUUCACAGUAAAUUCCUGCCUAAAUGAGCAUUGAGGCAGUGCUCAUCUUCAGCCAGUGUGGACAAAUUCCACAUUCCUAUAGGAUAUGCGAGUGUGGCCAUGGGACAACUGCUAAUAUUCCUUACAAAGCGACACUUUAUUUGUGAUGAUUGCCGAGUGAACCACCUCGAUAACAUCUUGCUGCAUACACGGGAUUGUUAUUACUCAGGCUGCUUGUACAUCCUCGGUUCUUCCACUGCUGCAUGAAGGUCUCCCCAUGCCAUGUCAAUUACAGGCGGUUGACUGGUCUUGAUUCGCAAAACCAUUCAAAAUGGGUCGGUGUGAAGUGGAACAUGUAAGGGUGGCUACUGAUGUUAGCCGUGUCCAGGACUCGAACCUACGUCACCGAUAUUUGUAAAACGGACUGAUUAACUCUCGUGAAAUGUGUGGCAUUUGAUGUAAUAGAGCCCUUUUGACAUGAACAGAGCUGUUGGAAUUGGAGCGCUGUCAUUCACCAAGCACUGUUGCAAUUAAUUUGUGCUGUUGAUAUUAAUCGAGCUCUGUUGCAUUGCAUGCCAUGGUGCAUGGAUACACCACCAUCAGUUUUACAGCUUGGCGUUGCUUAUUUCACAGUAACAUGUUUGGAACAAAAUUCGGCGAUAAUGAGGCCAGCUUGAAUACUCAAGUCCAGUUAACAUUGUGUGUGCAGCCUUGCAGUACACAGUGGAUUGGAGUGAUUCACCAGCACUGAUUCUGGACCUCAAUGCCCAAGUCAUUGAUUUCCUACUCAAUGGACAUUGAGGUGGUGCUCAUGUCCCCAUUUACAGCCCAAAGCCAUUGGUGGAAAUUCCACGUUCCCAUGGCAGGUGCGAGUCAACAUAAAACAACUACCGGUGACAACCCACAACGUAGUAAUCAAUGUGUCGACUUUGAAGAGGGAGGUGACCACCCUCACCCAGGAUGUGAACCGGCGACCUGAUUUUGAGAAACUCUUCUGUUGCUCACUCAACCACCUGGUUCCGAAAGAUUUCCUCAAAUCAACUUGAGACUGGGCCCCUCAAUAAGUGAGGCCCCAGCCCUGCCAGCCAUCCCCAACGACGCUCUCUUGAGCGUUUGAGCUCACAGUGUACAGGAUAAUCUAUUUAAACUUUAGUUUGUUACCCAAGUCUUUUAUUGUAGUCUGACAGAUAACAGCUGUUAGGGGAGUGUUUUUUUUAAACGAAUGAAUGAAAAUCUGAGAUGUUUAUUUUUUAUUUUGAGGUUUUGGUUUUCGUUGGGCGUGUGGGUUUUGAUGGCGUCGUGUGAGUUUUUUGUACCAGAGUCACCGUUUUGCCGCGAAUCAUUCUCAAGUGAAUGCAAUGUUUCGGGGGAAUUAUGUCGAAUGGUAAAAAUUGUAAAAACAAAAAUCUUAAUUUCGCAGGAGCAUGAAAGAUUAAUUGGCCGACUCGUUUAUUAUUUCUCUUUCUUUGUGAUUGAAUUCAAAAUAUGAAUUAAAACCACCGAUGAAUUAA